AUGUCCGUAUACUCUGAGGAUGAGGGUUUUCUAAUGCACUUCUUCCAGGAUAGUCUUGCUGGGGCUUCCUUGGAGUGGUAUGUUCAACUCGAGCGCACUCAUAUUCAUUCUUGGAGAGAUCUUAUGGAGGCUUUCAUUAAGCACUAUCAAUACAAUGUUGAUAUGGCGCCCAACAGGACUCAGUUGCAGAGUUUGGUUCAAGGGUCUAAAGAAUCUUUCAAAGAAUACGCUCAGAAAUGGCGUGAAUUAGCGACAAGAGUUCAACCACCGAUGACUGAACGUGAGAUGAUCGACAUGUUCACCAGUACUUUGUCCGGACACUACUACUUGGCUUGCAGUGCUUCAGCCAACUUUUCUGAAAUGGUGAGAUAUGGCGAACGUGUCGAGAUGGGUCUAAAUAUGGGGAAAAUUCAGUUGGGAGCUUCUUCUAAUUCUGCUGGUGGUAAGAAACAAGCUGAGGGUUAUGCCAGAAGGAAGGAAGGAAAUGCAGAUGCCAUAUAUGGAAGAAGGGGUUCAGGGAGAAACAAUUCGCAAGUCCACGCUGUCAUGAUUCCAGUGCCGCAACAACAACAGCAAGGACAGCGUUCCAACAAUGAUCGUUAUCCUCCCAGGACAAGGCCUCAUAGAAAGAUUGAUCCAAUUCCCAUGACCUAUGCUCAGGUGUUGCAACAUUUGCUCAAGAUUGAGAAGAUUACUUUGAGAGAUGCUCCGAAUGCUCCGGACACACAAUCUCCGAAUUACAAUGCAAACGCAAGAUGUGCUUUCCACUCCGGUGCAGCUGGACAUGAUACAGAAAGGUGUAUUGCGUUGAAAAACAAAGUACAAGACUUGUUGGAUCAAAAGAUAAUCCAGUUCACUCCUACACCCAAUAUUGUCAAUAAUCCGAUGCCUACUCACGGAGGUUCGGGUGUGAAUGUCAUUGAGAGUGAAGAGAUAAGUUUUAUAUCUGAUGUGGGCUGUUUGACCUUUCCUCUUGUGUCUGUGAAGCAACAUCUGGUUAAUUGCGGUAUCUUCCCGGGCUGUGGUGUGGAUUGUGAGAAUUGCAAGAGUCAACCCGAAGGUUGUGCUGAUUUGAGAAGUAUGGUACAAAAGCUGAUUAAUGAGGGUCCUCUUCAAUUCUAUCGAAGGUUGAGAGGUGCGAAGAGUAAGGCUAGCGAAGUGUCUGUGAUCUCAAUUGCUCCAAUAUGUAUCCAAGUUCCUAUUCAGAUACCUGUCAGUAUCCCGUAUGAGGAACAACCAGCGGCGUUGAUGAUUACCGUGCCAGGGCCUAUUCCAUAUGAGAGUGAGAAGGCCGUCCCUUGGCAUUAUGGUUCAGACGUAUAUUACUGUGGCACGAAGGAGAAGGGGGAGCCAUUGAAAGAGAAGUUUGUGGAAGCCGCAGUUGCAAACACUGAUAAUUUUGCCGGUACUGGUAGAAUCACUCGCAGUGGUAGGGUGUUCUCCCCUCAGCUUGUUCAAAGUAAUGCGGAUGCUUUGGCUAAGGCCAAAGGCAAACAAGUAGUGACUGAUGUCCAGAAUCCUCCGACUCAGAAUGGGGCAUCUGAUAAUGCUGUAUCUUCCAAGGAUGUGGAAGAAUUGUUAAGAAUCAUCAGGAAGUCUGAUUACAAAUUAGAGGCGGUGGCCAACAAUAUUUCCGCUGGGAAUGGCUUGGGGUUCACUGAUCAUGAUCUUCCUCCAAAAGGGAGAAACCAUAACAAGGCCUUGCAUAUUUCGAUGGAAUGUAAGGGGACGACUUUGUCCCGUGUUCUGGUUGAUACUGGCUCUUCUCUGAACGUGCUCCCCAAAUCGGCUCUAAUGAGAAUUGACUAUGUUGGGGUUGAAUUAAGGCCUAGUGAUUUGGUGGUGCGCGCUUUUGAUGGAUCAAGAAGGUCUGUGUUCGGAGAGGUAGAUUUACCAAUACAGAUCAAAGGUGAAAUACAUGAGACGCCGUUCCAAGCGCUUGAAGCUGUAAAUGCCGUGAGAACUCCUCCUUAUGAGAUAACGAAGCCAGAAACUGUUAUGUCCUCCUUGAAAGAUGCUCAAGUUGCCGUUGAGACUGGAAAGAUAGAAGGCUGGGGGCAAGUGAUCGAUGUGCGUCCCAAAUUUGACAAGAAUGGUCUUGGUUUCAAUCCCGGAAAGCAGAAUGCAUUGCCAGUGCUUAAUAUCCAUCGCCCGAUCAAGUUUGUGAGUGGGGGUGUCAUUCAAGAUGGCCAGGUCAAUGCCAUUGUCAAUGAUGAAGAAGUGGAUAAUGAUUGUGAUUUUGAUAGCUGGAUUCGUCCAAGUGUUCCUGGAGAGAUGCCUCGCAAUUGGACAAUCGAAGAUGUCAUUCAAGUUACACAAGCUCAAGAGUAA